AUGGGUAUUUUACGACAUCGUCGUUUUCGACGUCAAGAACCUGUGCCAAAUAAUGAUGACUAUUAUACAGAUUAUGAUGAUGGUGAUGAAGGUGAUGAAGAAAAUACCUCAUCAUCAACUACUAUUUCAUCUGCAGCAGGUCUUCCACCAACAAGCACGGAAAAUCAAUUUGAAAAGGCUAAAGCAAUCGUGCCACCAUGGGCCACAAUAAUAAUUGUAAUUAUAAUACUCCUCACAUUAGCUAUGUGUUUGGCUUGUUGUAUACGUCGUACAUGUCGGAAAUUAUGGAAAAAGAAAGGUGUCAAAGGUGGCAAAGGAAUCGAUUUACAAGCUGUCAAAACAUUUGGUUUACACAAAGAAAAGGUUCAACCUGAUGUUGAAGAAUUAACACCAAAUAUGGAAGACAAUGAAGAUGCUGACUCAAAAAAAAGUGAAGCACCUAAUUUAGGAAAACUAGAAUAUUCACUUGAUUAUGACUUUCAAAAACAAGAACUUAAAGUUGAAGUUAUACAAGCUCAAGAAUUACCAGCUAUGGAUAUGAGUGGAACAUCUGAUCCAUAUGUUAAAGUUUAUGUAUUGCCAGAUAAAAAGAAAAAAUUUGAAACAAAAGUUUAUCGAAAAACAUUAAAUCCUGUUUUUAAUGAAACAUUUAUAUUUAAGAAUUUGGCCUAUGGUGAAAUAGGUGGAAAAACAUUGGUAUUUGCUGUUUAUGAUUUUGAUCGAUUUUCAAGACAUGAUCAAAUUGGUGAAGUACAAAUUCCACUUAAUACAGUCGAUUUAGGAAAAGUUAUAAGAGAAAUUAAAGAUUUAACGCCUCCGCCUGGAGAACGAGAAGCGGAAAAUAAAUUAGGUGACAUUUGUUUUUCACUUCGGUAUGUUCCAACAGCAGGUAAAUUAACAAUAACAAUACUCGAAGCUAAGAAUCUCAAAAAAAUGGAUGUCGGUGGUCUUUCUGAUCCAUAUGUUAAAUUAUCAUUAAUGAUGAAUGGUAAACGUUUGAAAAAAAAGAAAACAUCAAUUAAAAAAUGUACAUUAAAUCCAUAUUAUAAUGAAUCAUUUACAUUUGAAGUACCUUUUGAACAAAUUCAGAAAGUGCAAUUAGUAGUUACUGUAGUCGAUUAUGAUCGUAUUGGUACAUCUGAACCUAUUGGAAAAGUUGUUUUGGGUUGUAAUGCAACUGGUACUGAACUACGUCAUUGGUCCGAUAUGCUUGCAUCACCACGACGGCCUAUUGCUCAGUGGCAUUCUCUUAAAGAUCCUGAAGAUGGCAAACCAUCAUAA